AUGGUAUCAGCAACCAACUCGCCUGUACUCUAUCACUCACCCAACAACCGUCCUCUUCACUCGCCAAACAGCCUCAACAAUAAUCAACCGCUCAUACCAUAUCGUUCGCUGGUCUCAGCAGCAACACUUCCCUCAGAACUCAUUAUCUACAUUUUCAAAUUCAUAACCUCCCCCGCUGACCUCAAAUCGUGUAUUUUCGUGUGCAAGUCAUGGUGCCAUUGUGGAGUAGAACUCCUCUGGCACAAACCGAUAUUCACCGGAAAUGGUUCCCUCAUCAAACUUCUCUACACUCUUUCUCGUCCUAACCAAACCUUUCAAUACUCUCUCCUCAUACGACGACUAAAUUUUUCCUUUCUUGGUGAAAACAUAUCCGAUCAGAUUCUCCAACGAUUGAGUUCGUGCGAGCGAUUAGAGAGAUUGACGUUGUGUGGUUGCAAAAAGUUGACGGAUAAUGCAUUAGAGAACUUGCUAAAGAGGGCUAGGAAUCUGGUUGCGUUGGAUGUUGCUGAUAUCGAAGGGUUGACUGAUAAUGUUGCCGAAUUGGUGGGUGAGCAUUGUAGGCGGAUGCAAGGGUUGAAUAUGAGUUUGUGUAAGAGAAUUACUGAUAAAGGAGUUAGGGCUGUAGCGUCGAAUUGCAGGAACUUGAGAAGGAUUAAACUCAACAGCUGUAUUCAUGUGACCGACGAAUCCAUCAUUGUUCUUGCCGAGAACUGUCCAUACUUGCUAGAAUUAGAUCUAACUGAAUGUAAUCAAAUUACCGAUAAAUCUAUUCAACUUGUCCUCGAGAACUGCAGUCAGCUGAGAGAAUUACGGCUGGGAGGCUGUGUAAAAUUAACGGACGAAGCAUUCACCGAGACAAUGCCUAGUUGUUUCGACCAACUCCGUAUUUUGGACCUUACCAACUGCAAUCUUCUCACAGAUGUAUCAAUCCAGGCGAUAACAUCUAGCGCGUCAAAGCUGCGUGUUCUCAUACUGGCAAAAUGUAGUCUUAUUACUGAUAAGGGUGUUUAUUCUAUUGCUAAUAUUGGGAAAUAUUUACACUACCUUCACCUCGGCCAUUGCUCGAGAAUCACCGAUUACUCAAUCACUCAUCUAACAAGGCAUUGCACUCGGUUAAGGUAUCUUGACUUGGCAAGAUGCACUCAGCUAACUGAUGUAUCUGUAUUCGACAUGGCUCACCUCCCAGAAAUACGCCGUAUUGGGCUAGUAAAAUGCGGUAAUAUUACCGAUCAAGCAAUAUACGCACUGAUAGAUAGUCGAGUGGUGGAUCGUAGACUGGAACGAGUUCAUUUAUCGUAUUGCAUUAACAUCUCGAUUGGUGCAGUGUUGGAAUUGAUCAACGCAUGUCCUCGGCUGAUUCACUUAUCCUUGACUGGGGUGCCAGCAUUCCAGCGUCCUGAUUUACAACAAUUCGGUCGUCCUCCGCCGAAAGAUUAUUCCCAGCAUCAGAGGCAAAUGUUUUGUGUGUUUAGUGGAAAGGGUGUCAGAGAGUUACGACACCAUUUGAACGGUUUGGAUAAUACAAUGGGAAACAGAUACAGCUCUCGAAUGGGCGUGAACGCUAUCGGCGCAGAUGGAAGGAGAAAUUUUGAUAUUGAUAUCGAGGGAACCGGAUAUGAUAUAUCGGAAGGAGAUAAUGACGGUGAUAUUGGUGAAGUGGAUGGGUAUGGAGAGCAAAACUAG